AUGUCUUCGCCCAGUUGCCCAAGCGUGCCAGAACUCAGAGAUGCGCUGGCGAAAGCUGAAGCUAGCAGUGCAGUCAACCAGGACGGGACGGGAAGAAAAUCUUGCGACCUUGCGCACUUCAACGACCGGGAAGCCUACCGACAGGAGCUCGCGGAGCACUUGGCUGACGAAGGAACGACACCGGCCUCUGAGCCACAUCCUGGGGAGUCCAGCCGGUACGAGCGGCGUGAGCGGCGUGAGCGACACGAGCGACACGAGCGACAUGAGUUGGAGCGGAUCCAGCUUCGGAACCGGCUCAUGGCCGAGGAGUUGGAGGAGCACGAGAAGGAGGCGAGGGAGGCGAGCUCCCAGUCGCUGGCGGCCCACACGGUACGCAGCAGAGGGAAGUCGCAGAGCGAGGAUGGCAGGGCUUGGCUCCAAGAGCUGGAUCAGGAGCUUGCGGCUGUGAAGCUUGCUGAAGAGGAGGCGGCUGCGCGCCGCGGAAGGGAGGAGCGGCUCCUGGAGCGGGAGCUGACGCAGUUCGAGGAGUCGGAGGCCGGGAUGAUGAAGGCGAUGAGGCAGAAGCUGGAGGUGUUAAGUGAAAGGAACGAGAACUUGAAAGAAGAGCUCCGGAGCGAAGAGGCCAAGACGCGAGGAAAAACACUCUCCUUGGAGGCUGCGGUUGGGCAGCUACGUGCGGAGCUGAAAUGCUGGGGUACUGCGGGGAGCCCCUCGCAGGCGUCUCCAAUCAUUCCAAGCUUCCUUCGGAAGGCUAGCUUCUCCAGCGACCUCAGUGCCAGUGAGGUUUGGAGUGGCCGCGCCUCUAACAGCUCGGGCUCGGGCUCGAACCCCUCGAACCACUCCAAUUCCGGCUCAAACCCAAGCUCACAGCGCCCCAGUGCCACUUCUGCGCAGCCGCAUGCGCGGAAGGCCCGGCGCCGCCCCACCACGACUUUCAAGCCGCUGCAGCAGGUGGUCGCCGGGAAAGUGGUGGCUUCGACGGAGUUCGAGGACACCUCGCUGGCAUCUGGUGCCCUGCACUCUCUCCGGCAGUCUGUCUCGGGCCUAAUGGACGACGCGCUACUCCGUGUCGGUGAGCUGCUGGACUCCAGCGAAAAGCCACGGGUAAGCGGGCCGAAGGAGACGCCUAAGGCUUGCCAGAAGGAGAGCUCAGAGACACUGCCCGAAGAGAACGCCGAUGAUUCCAAUGCCAGUGAAGGCGCCGUGCAGCCAGGGCUUUCCGAUCUGUGGCAGUCGAGCAGUCGCCACCGGGAGAGUGCAUCAGCAGCUCUGGCCCACUUUGGUGCAUUGCUCCAACAGCAAGUGAACAGUGCAGCAGAGAUGGCUGUCACGGCUAUGCCCACCGUGUCAAGCGGCACCUGA